CCUUAAAUAUUCCGUUCCUUAGCAACACCAAAUAAUGUAUAGGUGACCACUGGUUACGCUUUUUUCUUUUUUCUUUUUACGCCCCCCAAGAGCACCGACGUGUGGAGACAUCACAAUUUACGACGACACACAAUAUACAUACAUUUAACUUAAACGUUUUAACUUCUGGUGGCGGAACGGCUUAUUUUGUACCACACGGAACCGGUAGCGCAGGGGAACGGAAACCACAUCUGUAAACAAACGCAACGCUCGUUAGCAACAGAUUUACUAAGUAAACACAUGUCUGAAGCGGUCGUGGGCUAGCAUAACUCGGAGAAGAUGUUUAAAAACACGUUCCAAAGCGGAUUCCUGUCCAUUUUGUACAGCAUCGGCAGCAAACCGCUUCAGAUAUGGGAUAAAAAGGUGAGAAAUGGGCACAUCAAGAGAGUCAUAGACAAUGACAUCCACUCGCAGGUGUUGGAGGUCGAGGGGGCAAACGUCAGUACCACCUACAUAACAUGUCCUGCAGACCCCAAGAAGACACUGGGCAUCAAGCUUCCCUUCCUUGUUAUGAUCAUCAAGAAUCUGAAGAAGUAUUUCACCUUUGAGGUCCAGGUUUUGGACGAUAAAAACGUUCGCCGGCGGUUUCGGGCGAGUAACUACCAAAGCACGACGCGAGUGAAGCCGUUUAUCUGCACCAUGCCGAUGAGGCUGGACGACGGCUGGAACCAGAUUCAGUUCAACCUGUCGGACUUCACCAGGAGGGCCUAUGGAACCAAUUACCUCGAGACGCUGCGUGUACAGAUCCACGCCAACUGUCGAAUAAGGAGAGUGUACUUCUCAGACAGACUGUACUCUGAGGAUGAGCUCCCAGCAGAGUUUAAACUGUACCUGCCUGUCCAGAACCAGAAAGCCAAGCAGUAGAUAUUCUCAUCCUGCUCCCCCCUGGACCUGAUGUGGAGUUUAGCUGUAAGAUUUUCUGUGUGUAGACGUAUGAUGAACUUUGUAAUAUUAUAUUGUCAUUUUGGAGCUAAGAGUUCUGAGUGCCGUCUUGUGUUGCUCUCUGCACAAUAAAAGUUUUUUAUGGAGCCAUUUA